UGGAGGAAUAACAUUAGUAAGAUAGUAACAGUUUCUUGCCCAUAGACUGUCACCUGGUAAAAGGCAGAAACAAAAUCAAACAAACAUUACAUGUUAGCAAAGCAAGUACAAGGCCCUCUGGAGACUCCCAGCUUUCAGCUGCAUGGUCAUGGUGGAUCCAUAAUCCUUGCAGUGGUCUGGAGCUUGUACCUGACCUUUAGAUGAAGAAACUGAAGGGUAGAACCAACCUCCAGAGUGGGAAGGUAAUGACGGUUGGCUAGCUAAACUCUUCAUUUUCCAAGCCUCUCUUUGGAUUAGAAUCUCUAUCCUAAGAUUCCAGAUGAAUUUUAGAUUUGAAGACCUUUGACUUAUCUUAGGGGUUCCUUUCCAGAACCUGCUGGAUAUGUCAGAGAGCAGCCUCAGACCAAAGGUGGUAUUUUGUAUGGAUAGCUAGCUCACUGUCUAAAAGUAAAUGGCCCACGUCUAAGUAUGGUGGUUAUUUUUUAAUUGUUAACUUGACACAAUGUAGAACACCUGGGAAGAGUCUCAGUGAGGGAUUUUCUAGAGCAGAUCGGUCCAUGGUUGUGUCUGUGGGGUGUGGGAGUGUGGUAGGAAGACCUUCUACUGUGGGUGGCGCUGCUCCUUGAGCAGGGGAUGUUAGAUGGUAAAACCAUGACAGUCUUCUGAGCACUGGCAUGUGCGUAAAGUCACUGUUUUCUGCUGGGGAUUAAGGAUGUGCAGUGACUAGCUGUGUUUCAAGUUUCUGGUGAUGCAAGAAGUUAGGAAGCACAAUGGGUUCAUCUGUUGUCACCAGUCACCAGGCAACAAGCUGUCAGCUCAGCAGCUGACACCUGGAAAGUCACUGGGGUGCCAUCCUGCCUGCCUGGGAGGGGUUAACUCCUGGCCUUCUGACACCUGGACUGCCUGGUAGUGAUGAACUGACCUGGAACUGUGAGCCAGGUAAACCCUUCCUUUCUGGCUUGGUUUUGUCAGAGUCUUUUGUCACAGCCACAGGAAAUCAAACUCAGACACUCAGCGUCUCUGGACUUCAUGCGGGCCAUAAAACAAUCUCAGAACAAUCUCAGAUGAAGAAGAGAUAAAAAUACAAACUGUAAAUUAUUCCCAAGAGACACAACCAUCAUUUUUGGUAGACAAACUGAGUCCAAAAGGUUGUCUGAGAAGGUAGGGUGGAACCUCGCUCACCCUCCCCGGCUGCUCUUCAAAAGGAAUUCAUUUCCUCUUGGCUUCUACCCUGUGGCUUAGCCCUCUGGACAGACCUGAGCUCUUACCUGGCAAAGAUGGCCCACAUGAAGACGAGGCUCCUUUAUGCUUCCGUUCUCACGAUGGGUGCGCUCUGCUUGUACUUCAGCAUGGAGUCUUUCCAAGAACUCCCCUUUGUCUUCAAGAAAAGUCACGGGAAGUUCCUUCAGCUUCCGGAGAUAGACUGCAAGCAGAAGCCGCCUUUCCUGGUGCUGCUGGUGACGUCAUCCCACAAGCAGCUGGCGGCUCGCAUGGCCAUCCGCAAGACGUGGGGUAGAGAGACAUCGGUGCAGGGCCAACCCGUGAGGACCUUCUUCCUUCUGGGGUCCUCAGACAGCACGGAGGACAUGGACGCUACAGCCCUGGAGAGCGAGCAGCACCGUGACAUCAUCCAGAAGGAUUUCAAGGACGCCUAUUUCAACUUGACCCUGAAGACCAUGAUGGGUAUGGAAUGGGUCUACCACUUUUGCCCUCAGACCGCUUAUGUGAUGAAAACGGACUCAGACAUGUUUGUGAAUGUUGGCUAUCUGACCGAACUGCUGCUAAAGAAAAACAAAACAACCAGGUUCUUCACAGGCUACAUAAAGCCCCACGACUUUCCCAUCAGGCAGAAGUUCAACAAGUGGUUUGUCAGUAAGUUCGAGUACCCCUGGGACAGGUACCCACCGUUUUGCUCUGGUACUGGUUAUGUCUUUUCCAGCGACGUGGCGAUCCAAGUAUACAAUGUCUCAGAGAGCGUUCCAUUCAUCAAGCUGGAGGAUGUGUUUGUUGGGCUCUGCCUGGCCAAGCUGAAGAUCCGACCUGAGGAGCUCCACACCAAGCAGACCUUCUUCCCCGGUGGUUUACGCUUCUCUGUGUGCCGCUUUCAGAAAAUUGUGGCGUGCCAUUUUAUGAAGCCCCAGGACCUGCUCACUUACUGGCAGGCACUGGAGACCUCGAAAGACGAGGACUGUCCUGCGGUCUGAGGGGAGCCUGGUGGCACCUAGGACAAACUUCUGAUAACCUUUGGUGAUGGUUUUGGGAAGACCUGGGAUACUGGGUCUUGCUGGGAACUGUCUCGGGUAGAGAGAGGAUGAGGAGUCCUCAGUGCCACAGGAGAAAGGAUAAACACAAAAGCUGAGGAACGACGUGGCACCCAGAGCAAUAACAGAUCUUGUUUUGUUCAGGCCUUUGCAGUAUGCCCUCGAUGCUUGAGACAUGCCCUUAAUCCACCCGUAUCAGGGCUCGGCAUACACAGGAAGAAGCCCUGGAUAUGAUCAUCCCCAUUUUGUAGUUUAAAAACCAGCAGCCAGAGUCACUUACUCGUUCAAAACUCACAGCCUGCAGACAGAGCAGGAAUGAGAAUCAAGUGGUAUCGGGAUUCAGUUGGUGGUCGGUCCUCAACUGUGUGUCCCAUGCCUUGGGAGAAGGUGGUGGUGGGGGAAGCUAAGUAGCAUCCUUCAGUCUCCUGCCCCUCGCUUCCCAAUCCCUUCUACUUUUUGAAUGUUAAGACUGGGAUGAACCAGCUUUCUCAGGCCUUGCCCAUCGCUCGAAUGAUGUAGCUGGGUUCUGAGUUAACACAGAUUAACCACUUGGUACCCAAAGUGUCCUCAGUAGGAUUUUAGGAGACACACAUGCCUGCAGCCUCUGUGGCUCACAUCCAUGUUAGAAGGAAACUGGUUCAUACGACCAUAAAAGUCAGGCUGAGAAGCCACUGCUGAGUCUUGCGAUAGAGACUGACCACACUGCUGACAUCCCACGAUGUCUCCACUGAGCCGACUCUGCUAUGCAUGUACUAUAAGUGACCAUUUGUAGCCCUGGGGUACUUCAGACCUCUAAGUUCAAACUCAAGGGCAGCCAGGUAUAGGGAUAGUCUGAAUGAGUAUCUGGGAGCUUUCCUGGGCUCUGGGCUGUGUCUAAGCUCCAGAGAUACAGAGCAUGGGAGUAGCCCCAGUCUAGGGUCUUUCCUAACUUUGGCUCUUUGCCCUGAAUUUAUCAUGUAGUUAGUCAUAGACAUACUGAGUGUUGCCAUUUGGAAUUUAUUCCUGUUUGGUGUCCCGACCCCUGAAGGUUUUCAGAGCUGGGUAAAAACAGGGCUUUUGACCAUUCAGCCACAGUCACCAGACAUGUAAUCUUGCUCUGUAUUGCAGGAAUUAUUGCUUUCCCACAGCUUUUUACUUUUCUAGAUUUUACUAUGAGCUUGGAGCAAAGGCUUCAUGUGGCUAUGUUGUUGUCAAUGUUGGAAUAUGCUCUCACCUGAACUCAGGAAAACUUGACAGUUGCAGCAAACACUGUUAGGGUGGAGGAAGCUGGAAGCUGCCUAGAGGGCCUCAUUUCCAUACUUGUUCCUGUCUCUCCUACGAAUCUCUUCCACAACUUCUAGAGGAAAUUCUUCUGUCUGUGGCAUUCUUCAAAAUCAUGCAGCAUCAUGUUCUGGACCCUUAUUGAGAAUAUAUGAAAUUCUGAACCAUGUAAAGAGAAAGGGUAUUUGCUCCUGGGUGUGUACUGUGGAUUACAUACACCGUCAAAACCAAACCCAGCCACAUCUUCUUUGACAGAGGGGGAAGCCAAAGUUUGUAAUGUGGUGGUGUUGCUGUCUAAAGGGUGGGAGAGCUGGCACCAGCCUCCAUGCACCGUCCUUUUACUCAUUCAUUAGCCAUAUUUCUCUUUGUACCCACACAUCAUGAAUGAGGUUAAGGCUGGGUCUCCAGACAACAGACCCGAGUGAGCGGGAGUUCGAGCAUCCAGUGCUGAGAAGAUGGUUGGGUAUAGGUUUUUUUAGUAUAUGCACAGCGCCCUGGAGCCUAAGCAGGUGUGGUCACCUGUGUCCGCACUUGCUGUUUUGUUGAAGACAACAGCAUCCUUCACAAGUGGCCAUUCUUCAUUCUUACAACCAGAUUGGUUUUCAGCAGAGGCAGCUGAGGUGACCUCAUGACUCACCCAGUGGCUGAGACAUGGCCCAGACACAGUACUUGGCCUUCCCCCUUGGUGCACCAUCAACAUCCUUUCCCAUGUGCUUGCUUCUCUCAGAAGCUUGGGGCUGGUGCUACCCCAGGAGUUACCAGUAUCUUACUUUGCCUGCAUGCUGCCACCUCUGUCCUGGGUGUUGUCUUCAGUGUUGGUCUACAUGGUUUCCUGUGACUUGGCCUUGGGGGGUAUCCAUGCAGUUCUCACAACCCCCCCCCAUUUAGACUAGCCUUAUCACGAGGUCAUGCGCGGCUAAGUCUGGUAUAUUGAGUUCAGUCCUUGAGGUUUAUAUGGUAGAGGAGAGAAUUGAUCUUUACAAGCCCACGGUGGCACAUAUAUGCCUGCACACGCGCAUGCAAAAACAUAAGUAAAAUGUAAACAAAAAUAUUUGCCAAGGCUCCUUCAGACACUGACCUCUGAGGCUCUUUGCUUAUUUUUAUUUCUGCAUUGCUUUCCAUGAUGCAAAUCCUUGUGAGGGAACACUGGCACAGGUGUGUGAACACUAGGGCAGGUGUGUGAACACUAGGACAGGUGUGUGAACACUAGGACAGGUGUGUGAACACUAGGACAGGUGUGUGAACACUGGCACAGGUGUGUGAACACUAGGACAGGUGUGUGAACACUAGGACAGGUGUGUGAACACUGGCACAGGUGUGUGAACACUAGGGCAGGUGUGUGAACACUAGGACAGGUGUGUGAACACUAGGACAGGUGUGUGAACACUGGCACAGGUGUGUGAACACUAGGACAGGUGUGUGAACACUGGCACAGGUAUAGUAGGAAAAAAACCCUCUCAGGAUUAUUUGCAAAAUGCUUUCAUUUGGUUGGGAAUUCAAUAGAAAUUCGUUGGGCUUGCCCCAGGUCUGUCUAGUUUCCCACCUGUUAACCUAACUCCCAGGAUACCAUCCUCAGAGAUGGCCUUAGAUUGUUCCUGGAGGUGAGGGGUGAAACCACCCAAGAAGGGCUGUGUGAGCCUGACACGAGCAAGUUACAGUGAAGCAUAUUAACACAAGGUUUUAAGUCCACUAAAAAUAGUAUUUUCUAAUUACCAGGUGUAACACUUUUAAAUAGAAAUAGAAAAUGGAUUUUUGUGGCCAAAUGUCAUAUACCUGCUUUUUCUGUGGUAUUGUUUUGUGGUUUUUGGUGCUGGGGAUGGAGCCCUAAUGCUUAUCAGGGCCCCCCCUACUGUGCUUCUCCAGCCCUGGUUGAGUUGUUUUGCAUUUUACUACCUCCUGCAGGGGUCUAGGAGAUCAGAGGCUGGUACAUGCUGUUCAGAUGCUAUGCUAUGGGUAGUUUUAACUGUUAACUCUGGAAGAGAAUUUUAAUGAGAAAUUAUUUCUUCAUUAUUAGUUGAUGUAGGAAGACUCAGUCCACUGUGGGCGACACUAUUCCCUAGGCAGGGUAUACUAAAUAGUAUGAGAGGAGAAAGCCAGCCGAGGGCCAGCAAGGAUCCGUGUUUACCUCUCUGUCUGUCAGGCCUGUGGUGUGCCCAUCUACUUCAUGUUCCUGCCUUGACCUCCCUGCAAUAGCACACCACAACCUGGACUUGUGAGCCAAAUAAACCCUCUCUCCCCCAAGUUGACUUUGUCAUGGUAACAGAAAUGAAGCUAAACCAGAUGCUCAGGGUGAUGCGCACACUGGAUUGGACCCUUCUCACAUUACCCUGCCCUGGAUGUCAUCCAGUACCACCCCUCUGUCCCACACAGAGGGGAGCCCAGAAGCUGCUUCAGGGAACUAUCAGAGGAGGAGAGCUGAUUCAUUUCACAUUAAAAAAAAUGCCUUCCAUGACUGCAAACGACUCAUCCGAAGCUGUGGACACUUUGUGGUCAAAUUUGAUUUCCUAAAGGAUAAAAAAUUCAAUGUCUAUGUCACUGGAGUUUGGAAUUGUCACUUGCCUGUAUGUGGAGGAGGUUCUACAGGCGCUGAUACUGUGUUUUGGGAGCGGGUGUACGCGUUUGUGAUUUGUUAAUGAUAUUUAUCUUUAAUAAAAAUUAAGUUACAAGCAGCA